UCUUAACAGUGUAAGCUAAUAAUCCCGUGUGAUGAUGCAUGUUGUUGUUUUUCUGUGCAUGAUGCCACAGUGGGAUAAGACUAAACUAUUUUCCCCCCAAGUAUGCAUUGCAUAAACCUCAGAAAAAUCAUGUUCAAAAUAAGCCAUCUGAUUCUGCUUUAACUUGAGCUCCAGCGGUUGCAACAAGUGGUUUGAUGGUUUGGUUUUCAUUAGAUCGUCUCGACACUGACCCCCUGCCCCAUCUCCAGUAAUAUGAAACCAGCCGUCUGGCAGCAGCACUGUGCGGAAGAGAGAGGAGAGCACCAACAGAUGCAUUAGUCUGCAGUCUGCACACACUGCCUCCUCCACUAUACCAGGUCUGCAGCUCUGACUGCUGCUGCACACCAGACAGACACACAGCACCAGAAGCUAAACCAGAAGCUGUGCAAUGGCCAAGAAGUAGUGUUCCUAGAUGGUAAACCUGUGUAGUCUUCGCUGAGGGAUUAUUUGUUUGUUUUUGUUCCCUGGAGGUGUGAAUCGCAGCCAUGGUGUGCUGCAGAAGUUUACGCAGAGGAGAAAGUGGCUUCGCUCCUCUGCUGGCUGCCGCGCUGCUCAGUCUGCUGUCUGCAGGGAUGCAACAAACCACAGCGUUUCCAUCCUGGAGGUUAGAGGAAGAAGCUUACACCACUGCGUUGCUCAUCGGGAUCCGCAAAGAGGCCCGCUCACAAGUGCUUCACCUCUCCAGGAACAAGCGCUACACCAUGACACCGGAGCAGCUCAAAUGGGACAAGUUCAAGCUCACAUACAAGUUGCUCUCCUUCCCUACAAACUUGAUAAAUGCCAGCGACACGCGUCGAGGCAUCGCCAAGGCUUUUGGCAUGUGGAGCGACGUCUCGCCGUUCAGCUUCAGAGAGGUGCCAGCUGACCAGGAAGCAGACAUGAAGAUCGGCUUCUACCCCGUCAACCACACAGACUGUCUGCAGUCCUACUUGCACCAUUGUUUUGACGGCAUCACAGGAGAAUUGGCUCAUGCAUUCUUCCCGCCAACUGGCGAGAUCCACUUUGACGACCACGAAUACUGGAUUCUGGGAAACAUGCGCUUUAGCUGGAAGAAAGGGGUUUGGCUGACGGAUCUUGUCCAUGUGGCAACUCAUGAAAUUGGCCACGUCCUGGGACUCAUGCACUCCAAGGACCCGAAAGCUAUAAUGCACCUGAAUGCAACUCUGACAGGGCGCAAGCUGAUCACACAGGAUGAGGUGUGGGGUAUGCACCGUCUCUACGGAUGUUUGGACCGGUUAUUUAUCUGUCCGGCCUGGGCUCGGAAAGGCUAUUGCGACAGCAAGCGUAAGCUGAUGCAGAAGCACUGCCCCUCCAGCUGUGAUUUCUGUUACGAAUUUCCUUUCCCCACUGUGGCUCCCACCCAAACACCCCCGAGGACCAAACACAAGCUGGUCGUCGAGGGCAAGAAGCUCACUUUUCGUUGUGGGAAGAAAAUAGCAUCGAAGAAAGGCAAAGUAUACUGGUACAAGGACGGUGAGCUGCUGGAGUUCUCUCACCCCAACUACAUCUCCUUGAAAGACGACCACAUUACUAUAGUGGCCAACGCCAUCAACGAAGGCACAUACACCUGCAUCGUGAAGAAAAAAGACAAAGUUCUCACAAACUACUCAUGGAGAGUGCGUGUGCGCUUCUGAACAUGAAGCGUUCACACACACGGUCACAAGAAGACCUCAUUCACUAGGGCACAUAUUUGUUUUUUAAAAACUGUCUUUCCUGUAUCUUCCACAUACAACUGUCUAUCGUUGAUCGUGUAAAUGCGUUUUUAUAUGUGCAAAUAAUAAAUGUUCCGUGACAAGUAGUAUUCUAGUGAAAAUACCACCUGACUGUGAAAAGAUGUUCAUGACA